CAAACGAACCCACCAAAAGUUAGAGAAACCAAAAUUAAUUCUCUCGAUGUCGACGGUUUAUUAUUGUCAAGAAUACAUUGAAAUAAUGAUAUGUCAAUAUAUAGUAUCCGAUGGACACGCUUAAAAGAUUGUUGCCGUCGAAAAUAUUCGAGGUCAUAGAUAGAGCCGGCAUAUGCACUGCAAAAGAAAUUCUAAUUCUUUCAAAAUGGGACAUAAAGAAGUUAACAAAUCUCAAUAUCGAUGAUAUUUUAUACCUUAAAUCUAUUGUUGCUGAUUAUGUUUCGCCUGAAAGUCUAACCGGUGAUAUGUUGUUGUUGAAACAAAGACCAAGAAUAUCAAGUGGUUGUGAAGCAAUAGAUAAGAUCACAAGCGGCGGUUUUCGGACAGGUACUCUUACAGAAAUUUUCGGUGAAAGUGGUUCAGGGAAAACUCAAAUCGGACUUCAAGCAGCAGCGAAUACUUUCAAAACUGGCUCUGUUUUCAUAUGCACUGAAGAUGUAUUUCCUGUUAAGAGGCUGAAACAAAUACAGCAAUCGCUUCCGAACCAUGUUCUUAAUGAUAACAUUGGCAAGAACAUUUUUAUAGAACAUGUUACAGAGCCGAGUGAACUACUAUCCUGUGUGAAGGUGCGGUUGCCAAGACUUUUAAAUGAACAGGCAGUUUCACUGAUUGUUGUCGACUCAAUUGCUGCACCGCACAGGACUGAAACAACUAAUUAUGUCCAGAGAGCUGAAGACCUUAGAGAAUUGGCAGUCGCUUUGAUAGCUAUUGCUAAACAACAUAAUAUUGCUAUAAUUUGUAUUAACCAGGUUACAAUGGCAUUUGAUGGGACAGAUAAAAUACUGCCAUGUUUGGGUCUUGCUUGGUCCAAUUUGGUCUCAACACGAAUAAUGCUAAAGAAAACCUCAAGGACAGUUGUUCUGAAAAGUAAUGAAUCAUCUUCUGCUCAAGAAUAUUCCCACAUAAGAGAACUCUCUGUGGUUUUUGCUCCUGACUUGCCCAAUGAAACAGCUGAGUUUAUUAUAACUUCAAAUGGUAUUGUAGGUAUUUAAGUUGAGAAUGUAGUUAUACUGUUUAAUAAAAUAUUA